CUCACCGUGGUUCCAUUGCAGCGAUGGCUUUAAGGAGAUCAUGCCCUACGACCACUUCCAGCCUCUCCCUCGCUGGGAACAUAACCCGUGGACGGCGUGCUCCGUGUCCUGCGGGGGCGGCACCCAGCGGCGCAGCUUCGUGUGCGUGGAGGAGUCGCUGCACGGCGAGGUCCUGCGGGUGGAGGAGUGGAAGUGCAUGUACGCGCCCCGGCCCAGGGUCAUGCAGACCUGCAACCUCUUCGACUGCCCCAAGUGGGUGGCCAUGGGCUGGUCCCAGUGCACGGUGACCUGCGGCCGGGGGCUGCGCUACCGGGUCGUGCUGUGCAUCAACCAUCGCGGGCAGCACGUGGGCGGCUGCAACCCUCAGCUGAAGUUACACAUCAAGGAGGAGUGUAUCAUCCCCGUCCCCUGUUACAAACCCAAAGAAAAGAGCCCAGUGGAGGCAAAGCUGCCCUGGCUGAAGCAAGCCCGGGAGCUGGAGGAGACCAGGGUGGCGACGGAAGAACCGAC